AUGUCCCAACAACAAGGGACGGCUGCGUUCGUCGUGGUGAGCUUCGUUUACGCGAAGCUGCUGCUGGUGGCGUGCGUCGCGUUUCUGCUAGCGGAGGUUGCGGCGUACAAAAUUCCUUUGUACUACUUCGAGGGCUUCUUUACUUACUUGUACGGAGUUAGCAUUCUAUUUCUGCUGUACGUAUUCUGCUAUCUCUUGCAAAAUGGGACCAGAUCGCGAGCAAAACGAAGCAGGAAAGUGGCUUCUGGCUCGAAGCUCAAAGUCAGCUUGUUCCAGGUUGGACUUCAAAAGGGUCGCGCGGACGAGGAGCAAGGCGUCGCCAGUCAGUCCCAGCAGAAGAUGACGGAGAGCCUGAUUUCCACGGUCAAGCCUCUGAAGUUCAAGACCACCAUCAACGAUUCGACGCAUGGGAGUUUCUUCUUGCGGAUAGGAGCAAUCGUUUUCGGCCUGGGAACGCUGAUAUAUUGUGGAUUGGAGCUGGGAGCAUUCUUCGAAGUGCCGUGGAAUUCCCCAUGUCAUGAGCUGGUGAACGGACUCAACCCGGCUCUGCAAAUGGCUUUUACAUUUAUGCAAAUGUACUUCAUAUUCAUGAACGCGAAGUUGAAUAUACAUAAAUUCAAAGUCGUUGCCCGCUUCGGCCUCAUGCACGUUAUCGCAACGAAUAUCUGCGUUUGGCUUCGGACGAUUGUUCGCGAGGGACUCAAGGAUUUCACGAAAUACUACGUGGAUAACUACAACGGGCCAUCGGAGGACCAUUUGAUCAUGUCCAGUGGAAAUGUCACAUUGGAAGAAAUGAUGGAGAAGAAUUUGACCUGUGAGCGGGUGCCUAUCAUGGGGUCCAUCAGGAAUGACGCUGCUCCUUACUUGUACCCGAUCGUGGUGGAAUACAGCUUGAUCGCAGCUGUUGUGUUGUUCGUCAUGUGGCUGCAUAUCGGCCGUAAUCCUCGGUACAUAUCCGAGGAUGAGAUAACAGCGCCUGGUAUGGACACGAGUUUCAUUUCGACUGCUACAACUUCUACAACGAAAGUUGAUUGCGUUGGAGCGAGCAAAGGACUCUUCUUCGGGCUGUUGUUCCUGAUUUGCUCCAUGAUAGCUACUAUUCUGUUUUUCAUCCUCAUCGAGAACGAAAAAUUCCACCAGUACGCCAUAUACUUGGCGGAUUGCGCUCAUUCUGGGUUACUGCUGUUCUCCCUGCUUGCUGUGCUAAUCGGGUUCUGUCGCGUGAAGAAGCUCAAAUUCAAUGCAGAACGAGAGGACUUGCUGAACGCUUUGUGCCUCAGAAUUUCAGCAUUCGGUGUUCUGCUCUACGCAACUUUCACGACGAUUGCUGGCGCUGUCAAGUUUUUGAAUCCAGAACUCGACAUCCCGUGUUUACUGGUUUUGAUCACGGGUGCUUUGACCAUUUUCGAGGUGGCACUACAAGUUCUGUUCGUAUCCGACGCUUCGAAAAGAUCAAUUCAUAGGCCAGAACUGAACCCAACGAGACCCGGACGACAACUGGUGACAAUUCUUCUGUUGACAAACAUCACAAUGUAUGGCAUUUACACGUUUGAGGCGCAGAAGGUCGAUCGUUUGCCGGUUCAGGUACAUUUUUACGGAUCUCUGCCGUGGGCUGUCUUGGUGAAGAUCACAUUGCCCUUGUGUAUCUUUCACCGGUUCCACGCAUCAGUCAUGCUGGCUGACAUUUGGAAGAACGGUUACAGGCCGAAAGCGGAUUAAACAUCAUGUCAACUGGCUAUGCAGCUAUGUUUGAGAAUGUGCUCCAAGCAUUCGAAAGAAUUUGCAAGAACGGCAUUUUGCGGCUCGAUGGGAAAUCGCAGCGGGAGAUAAAAAAAAUAUCACGAGCAUGGUCAAAAGCUUGUUCCGUUGAAAGAAUCAUUGUUUUGAUUCGGCAUUGAUCCACUCAUCAUUGAUGAAUUUAUUUCAUUAUUGAGUAUCCUUUCUGUUCAGUGUAUUUUUUUCUAACCCAGUGCUGGACUAGCUAACACCAUUCCUAAUUUUUAUUUCGCAAUAGCAAAUGACUGUAUGUGUAACGACCGUUAACGGGAAUAAUUCAGUCAUUCUGAAGGUCAGAGGUUCAGGAUUUUUGACUCAAAUUUAAAGACUGUUCCAUUGUCAAUACUUGUGUAGUCAGUCUUCUGUGAUCUGCUUAAUUUGUGAGGUUAUACAAGGUUGAGUGUUGCUGACACGGUGCGUAUUUUUUUGUUUGUUUUUGUUUCAAGAACGGAUUGUUUGCUUCAUUUUAAAUUCUUUAGCAACCCUUUACCAAGUGUUCCCGUAAAUGUGAAACAUAAUUAGGCUUCGUAAUGAAGACAAUUUUUUUCAUCAAUUCGGCAAGCAUUCCGUGAAUAUUUGGAAAGAUGCGAAUAGCUUUUUGCUUUAAACUCUCACAAAGACGAUGUUUUUUUGUUGAUGACAUUGUUUUCGUUGUGGGUUCGGCUUGCAGAUGAGCAGCAUUUCUUACUUAAUGUGCCACGAGUGUGUCACUUGAGGCCAAAGUUUUGAUACAGCUGGAAAAAGGAAAGAUGACUUCAAGUGUUCUACAAUAAGUACAAAGCGCCCACUUUUUCGUAUUAGCUCAUAUCCCUUGCGAGCCGAUUUUCGGCGAAGCUUUUGGGGAAAGAAGAAAUGGAAAUAGCAGCAGAUAGUCAACGAAGUAUUUUUUCAUUUCUGAGUAGCAACUGUAGGAGCAAAUACCCAGCAACUUUUAUCGGUCAUCUGAGAAUGAAAAGAAAAAGAUGAAGCUACGUAUUUGACGGUCGAUCGAUUUUGAAACCUGUGACCCGAUCCCAACUUUACUUAAUUUUUCCCGGCGUUAAUCGCGGUCAAUUUCAUCGACGCAGUCGUUCAUUGACCCGAAACCUCAUUGAGAAAGGUUUCUAUGGCAUUGUCAACGUACAUGGGCUGGGAAUAAGUGAUGUGAAAGCCAGGCAAUUUUGGCCAGAAUAUCAACUUUAACUGAUGAAGACCACCAUGAAUUCGUUGUUGGGACUCAUGGUGCAGCAAUGAGAUCGACUCGUAGAUGCUAAGGAAAAAUAUCUCACAGCGGGUUGCAAGCCAACACAUUUCGACACUGCCAUUGUCAGGACGGAAGGAAAAAAAAUACUCUUGUUCGCUCCUGAAGAUUUUUCAAUCGUCAAUUUGCAUCGCGACUACUUUCAAGUGCUUUUAUAUUCAUCCUCGCUACUCGAAACGGCCGAAUUGCGAAGAAUACCGACGAUGUAUAACUCGUUUUCUGAUUGACAAAAACGCGUAGAAAGAAAGUGAUGGAUUGGCGCUCUGGAAUCCUGCUCAGAAAUCGAGGUUUUUUUGCUCAUGCGCUGAACGGCGGAAUUUUUAAACCAGUAGAGAUUAUAAGCGUGUUUUUAAGCCGUAAAGUUAGUGAGCUAGAUGGAACUUGUUAGACGAUUCGUACAUUGAUUUGAUGCCCCGUUGCAUUAUCGUCUGUCUCAUCUCCGUGUGCUCGCGAAAUUAGCUCGGGAAAGCUCGGAUCAGGAAGAAAGCGAAGAUUUUGCUCAUGGGCCUUCAUUUUGUAAUCAUCCUGCGAAUGCGUUAUUCUGACGACCCUUUUCAUGCUGCUUUUGAUGUCGGAAACUGUUUUUGUCGGUGUUUGCAUGUGACGAGCUUAUAGAGGUCAGCUGUCGCUGUUGGAAGCUUUGCGAUUCCGGAAAAUGAAAAUCAAUCUCGGGAUUUUGUUACCCGUUUUUUCUUUUCGAGUGAGUGCUGCGUGUUAUGUUUAUCCUUGCUGUCGAAUAGACGGGAUUUCUAGUCAA